AUGAGUGCUGGAGUGUUAACGUUAAAUGUAAAUUGUCAAGGACCAAAAUGUGAUUGUCCAGGUAAUGAUAAAAUACCUGGCCUAGAGGUCAAAAAGGAGACUAAUAUUGGUGGCGUCACUAACUUCAUCAAAUAUACACACUAUCUUGAAGGACGCACCUUUAAGCUUAAUACCACACUCAAAGAUGGAAAUCAAAUAAUAGGAGGUUUUGCAGCAAAAAGGGGACAACCUGUGGAGGCCGUUAAAGAAGUUUCUGUUUACUACUGGGAUGGUAACAACGCAAAACCAAUCCUCCUUGGAAUUAAAAAGGGUGAAGACACCAAGUACUAUAGUAAAGGCAGUUCUUGGUUGCAUACUCCAGUAGCUCAUCUGAGUGAACAAGAAGCUCUGGAUGAACAUAACUGCCAAAAGAACAAUGCCGUUGUAUUUGAUAUAAAGAAUGCUCACUCAGGUCAUAUUCUCAAAGAGUAUAAAGCUAAUUGCAUGAAUAAGACUAGAAAAAUAGAAUCUGAAACUUCUCCUAAUCCUCCAGGAAGUGAAUAUAUCGCUAAAGCACAUAUCAUUCGUGAUAAUGAUAGGGAUACAAGAAUAUCUAGAGUAACUUACAACGGUAAGCCCACUGAUAUUGAUCCUACUAAGCACGGUCCAGCUUCUCAAAUAAGGCUAUACUCUUAUCCUGGUAGUGAUAGUGUACCACUUAUGAUUGAGUUCAAACCAUCAAACAAUAGGAUAUCUAGAUGGUUUGAGAGUACAGAUCAGAGUGGUAAGGAAUGGCUGGAAGUUUAUGACAGUGGCAAUACAUUCUAUGAUAAUGUUGGUACUCCACAACCCACUUCAAAGCUUUCCGAAAAGCUCGAUGAGGUAUUAUGCAAACGGCAUGAUAAUGUUACAUUGGAUCUAUCCUCUUCUAGAACUAAUGGAUCAUAUUGUUGUGGUACCCAUAAAAGUAGAGUCAAUGUUAGCGAAGGAUCAGUUAAAGUUAAGGGUGAAGGCAAUCUUUCUACUAAGUACUACAAGCAUUCUAUGACCCCUGGUACUCAACUCGCUGGUAUCUACUAUACGGUUGGAGGUCAAAGGAAGAAUAUAAAAUUACACGGAUCACGAUUUCCAACCUCUGUAAAUAAUGUUUAUGCCUUCUACUGUAAAGGGGAUAGACCAUCACUCAUGUAUGUUGAUAGUGAUAGUGUUAUGACCAAAGGUUGGUAUAAGGAAGGUAGUGGAGAAUGGAGAUGGACACACGCUGGUACAAAACCAGAAAAUUUCGAGAGUAAGGACCUUGAUUGUAAACAGUGGCAGAAACUUAAGAAAUAUCUAAAGGAUCAUGGUUGUGGUGGACUGCUGGAUUGUCCUGAGGGUUCUAAACUUGAUGAAGGAGAACUAAAAAAAGAACUCGAAAAGGAAGAGAAAGAAGCAGUAAAGGAAAGAGAAAAGAAAACAAACCAGCAUCAACCUCUUUUUGCUAUUCAAGGUAGUGCCGGUAGAGGUAGACAAGCUUCUGAUCCAGAACCUCCAAAAACUAAAACUGAUGAAAGGCCCGCUUCUCAUGAUCAAACACAAUCUGAAAAUACUAUUAAACCUUCUGAGGGUCCACCUUCUCGAGAACUUGGAGGACAACUACUUAACAAACUACUUACAACUUCUCUUGAAGAAUCUGGAACCCCCUCAAGUACUGGAAACUACGCUGGUCCUAAUACUCCUACUCCUCCUAAAACCACUCCACCUACUACUACUCAAGGACCUGGAUUUAUAGGACCUACAUUUCCUAUUGUUGGUACUAAAGGUAGUUCUGGAGCAGGAGUCACCAUAAAGCUUGACAGUAGACAUCCUUACUUUGAAUAUGAAAAUGGUGGAGAUAUGGUUAAUAUUACUUCUUACCACAACCCUCCUCUUGUGAAAGGAUACAACGCUUUUCAACACACUUAUAGUCACAGAGGAAAGAGCUUUAGAAUAAAAGACUUUACAGUUGGAGGUACAAGUCAGAUAUUUUCCCCAGGAGUUACACCUGUAGAAGAUGUUAAGAGUGUAAUGGUAUAUUUUUCGAGUUGUGGUAAAGAGGGUAUUCCUCUCAUGCUCUAUUUUAAGGACAAGGAUGGUCAUAAAUGGUAUGAGAACAUGAACAAGGGUGAUGGGUGGCAUGCUUCCCGUAAACUUACUAAAAUCCCUCCACAUAAAGCUUACAGAAAUGGUAUUCUUAAAAGUGCUUUGGAGAGAACCAAGCAAAAUCUUGGAAUUAAUUGUGGAACCACACCAGUAUUCGAGUUGGAAAAUACACAAGGAGAAACCGAUUAUAUAGAGGAUAGCUUCUUUGAUAACAACUAUUUUGGACGUUCUCAGAACAAUCCUACUACUGCUAGUCUACAUAGUAGUGGCCCUCCUACUCCUAAAGCUAAACCUCCUGAUUCUGCUACUGAUGAUAAUAAAUCUAGAGGAGCUGAUAGAGAUCAACUUGGUCAAGAACCUGAGGAACCUCAACCUACUAUUACUACUCAUACUGAAACUCAAGCUCCUGCUCAAGCUGUUACGGGCGUUCUUAAGAGUGCUGCUGGUUCUGUACUAUGGACAGCGUUUGGCUCUACCUCUAGUACGCUUAAUCUAAUGACACUCUUGGGAAGUCUACGGAGACCCUUGGGUUAG